UCUCUAUCCAUCUCUCGCUCUCAUAUUCUAAAUUAUAUUAUAGAUUUUGAUUUUGAUUGACAAACUUAUUUUGCCUCAAGUCGACAUGGAGUGGAGAAGCCUUCCGUUGGAAUUGCAAGAAGAGAUACUUUCUAGGGUUCCGGCAAAAUCUCUGGCACGAUUGCGUUCAACGUCGAAACGAUGGAAUGCUCUACUGAAAUCUGGGAGCUUUGCUAAGAUACACUCUGCUAAUGCACCAACAGAGUCUCUGAUUAUGAUUAUCAUGUUGAAGGAUUCUAGGGUUUACUUAGAGAUUGUCAAUCUCCAUGGAGUUCACAACAACGUUGCCCCAUCUUUUGAGUUAGGAUCUCGAUUAUACCUUAAAGAGCCGCACAUAUGUAACGUCUUUCACUGUGAAGGCUUAUUAUUGCUAUGCACUAUUAAGGAGAAUAGACUCGAGGUUUGGAAUCCAUGUUCAGGAGAAACCAAGUUAAUUAAACCUAGAAACAGCUACUACAAGGAAUCAAACUUUUUUGCUCUUGGUUACGCCAACAAAUCUUCCGGCAAGAAAUACAAAGUCUUGAGCGUGGAUCGUCGAGACCAUGUUCCUGGUAUCUCCAACAAUGAGUACGAAAUCUAUGACUUUACCAAUGAUUCUUGGAGGGUUCUUGGUGUGACUACCAAUAGGAUUAUAAGACAAAAUCAUCCCGUGUCUGUGAAAGGAAAUACUUAUUGGGUUGCUCGUCAUCCGGAGUGGCCAAUUAAUAAAAUACUAAGUUUUGAUUUUUCAACAGAGAGAUUUCAAAGUCUGUCUCUUCCUCAGCCGUUUCCUUAUAUAGUUGCGGCUUUAUCAGUGGUUAGAGAAGAACAACUCUGUUUGUUAGGUUAUUAUAAUAAGGAAACAUAUUCAGAAGACUUAAAUUUAUGGGUGACAUCUAGUAUCGGAUCAGUCAUGUCAUGGAGCAAGUUCUUAACAGUGCACACCAUUAAUCCGGGUCGGGAAAUAUUGUUUGCUGAUGGUAUGAGUUUCUUGGCCGUGGAGCAAACCAAAGUUUUAGUGUGUUUCAGUAACCAAAUCUUACGUAUUGUGGGAGAAAAUAAUAACAUACAACAUGUGGAUGAUCAUGAUAGAGAUUCUAUGUCAAGAUCAUCUUGCUCAGUUCUUCUGAAAUACGUUCCAAGUUUAGCCCAAAUCCAAUAAGGCAUACUUCUUGGACGAGACAAAAGGAAAGCUCCAAGAUUGAUUUGUAAUUGUCUCACCAAUCUAUCCAAGUCUCUUUUUCUUGUUUUCUUUAGGAUCUUUCAUAUUGAUCAGGUUUAGGGUUUUCUCUGGUUCGAUGAACUUAAAAAUAAUCAACUUAAUUUGCUUACAUGUUAUUGCUUGAGUUAUUUGAUGGAUUGUUUAUAUACAAAUACUCUUACAAGCAUAAAUGGAGAAUCAGCUUUGUGAUCUGAAUCUUCUUUUCAUAUUUUAAGGAAAAGAAAAAGAAAGACUC